GACCACAAUACUGGUUUAAAAUUACAUUUGCGUGUAUGUUUAUUAGCUCAGCUAAUUAGCUGAGUAGCAAACGGUGUUAUAAUCCCUGGUGAGAGCUCGCUUAGUCGCUCGUUCAACAUGCGAAGGUGUAGGACAAGACUUGAACAGCUGAUAAUGAGGAGACAUUAGCAGGAAAGUUAAUGUAGGUUGUUGUUGUUGUUGAAAGUCUGUGGCUUCUGUUGUAAUGUUUGUUACUGCUUAUGCAAUAUUUAGUUAUGUUGUACUCCAGUACAAACUGGGAGGUGCCAUCACGAAACCAAAAAAAUGUAAAAUAUGAAUUGAGAGGAGAGAUUGAGGUUGUCAAUCAUACUGUGGGCGGGGCUUCCCAAACUGCAGCCAGUCACAGCAGCUUCCGCUCGCCGGUGAUCUCUAUGCUAACAAAAACAUAGCAUUAUAGCUUGCUGCUCCAUGUUACUGUGUCCAUUGAACUUAAGUUUAAAUUCCUCAUACAAAAUUUGAUAUAUGACUUUUCAACAAGCUUACAAGAAAGUCACAGUUUCUUAAUGCAGUCAGCGUUUCCAGUUAACGUUAACAUUUGGCUGAAAUAGAGUGUGCGUCGGAUAUAACGGCUAGCUAGCUAAGGUGGUUUCCAAGCAAGGCCUGAGACGUUAUCGAUAAGCGAAAGCCAGGUAAGCCGUCGGAGUGGAGGCUUCACUGGUCUAAAGACAGCAUUAAAUUAACCGCUUUAACCCUCAUAGAGGAGCGUGUGUGCUCAAAAUGAGAGGCUCGUAUGGAGACAGGGAUCGAGACCGUGGCCGUGACAGAGGCAGCCCUCGUUUCGGGUCCAGCAGAGGCGGCCCACCGCCGGGUAGAAAGUUUGGGAACCCCGGGGACCGUUUACGAAAAAAGAGAUGGGACCUGGAUGAGCUUCCCAAAUUUGAGAAGAACUUUUAUAAUGAACAUCUGGAAGUGCAGCGAAUGAGCCAGUAUGAGGUUGAGGAGUAUCGCAGGAAGAAAGAAAUCACUGUUCGAGGUUCAGGAUGCCCUAAGCCCAUCAUCAACUUCCAUCAGGCGCAGUAUCCCCAAUAUGUAAUGGAUGUACUGAUGCAGCAGAACUUCAAGGAGCCCACAGCCAUUCAGGCACAAGGUUUCCCUUUGGCCCUCAGCGGAAGAGACAUGGUGGGCAUCGCUCAGACUGGCUCUGGGAAGACCUUAUCGUAUCUCCUGCCUGCCAUUGUGCACAUCAAUCAUCAGCCCUACUUGGAGCGUGGAGAUGGACCCAUUUGCUUGGUUCUGGCCCCCACAAGAGAGCUGGCGCAGCAGGUCCAGCAGGUGGCUUACGACUAUGGAAAGUCAUCCCGCAUCAAGAGCACUUGCGUGUAUGGGGGUGCUCCCAAGGGACCUCAGAUCCGAGAUCUGGAGAGAGGUGUUGAGAUCUGCAUUGCUACUCCAGGUCGUCUCAUUGACUUCCUUGAGGCUGGAAAGACCAACCUGCGACGCUGCACAUACUUAGUUUUGGAUGAAGCAGACCGCAUGCUGGACAUGGGUUUUGAACCACAGAUUCGCAAGAUUGUGGAUCAGAUCAGACCCGACAGACAGACUCUGAUGUGGAGUGCCACCUGGCCAAAAGAGGUUCGACAGCUGGCAGAGGACUUUCUGAAAGACUAUGUCCAAAUCAACGUUGGAGCGCUGGAACUCAGCGCCAAUCACAACAUCCUUCAGAUUGUUGAUGUCUGUAUGGAGAGUGAGAAGGACCACAAGUUGAUCCAGCUGAUGGAGGAGAUUAUGGCUGAGAAAGAGAACAAGACCAUCAUUUUCGUGGAGACCAAGAAACGAUGUGACGAUCUCACACGCAGGAUGAGACGUGAUGGGUGGCCAGCGAUGUGUAUUCAUGGCGACAAGAGCCAGCCAGAGCGAGACUGGGUGUUAUCAGAGUUCCGCAGCGGGAAAGCUCCCAUCCUCAUUGCAACUGACGUGGCCUCGCGUGGUUUGGAUGUGGAGGAUGUCAAGUUUGUCAUCAAUUAUGACUAUCCCAACUCAUCGGAGGACUACAUCCAUCGCAUCGGCCGCACGGCCCGCAGCACCAACAAGGGCACUGCCUACACAUUCUUCACUCCGGGGAACCUCCGCCAGGCUCGUGAGCUGAUCCGGGUGCUGGAGGAGGCCCGGCAGGCCAUCAACCCCAAACUACUGCAGCUGGUUGACACUGGACGUGGAGGAGGCGGAGGAGGUGGCCGUCCCCGUUUCCGUGGCAGCUCCAAUUCUAACAAUCCCAACCUGAUGUACCAGGAUGAGUGUGACAGGCGAAUGCGUUCUGUGGGUGGGGGCGGCAGUACCAAGGACAGCCGCGGCAGCAGCAGCUAUAGCCGCGGAGGAAGCAACCGGGACGGGGAGCGCUCCUCCUCGUCGUCCUCCUCUUACAGAGAUCGCAGCAGCAGGGACGGAGGACGCAACUACGGCUCCAGCUCCAACUCAUACGACCAGUACCAGAACAACAACAACAGCAGCAGCAGCAGCGGUCAGUACAGCAGCUCCAGGGCCAGCUCUGGCUCAGGGGGCGGUGGAGCAGGGCAGGCCCCACCUACUUCAUCGGGCCCCCAGCCUCUAAUGGCCCAGCAGUUCAACCCUCCUCAGCCUAUGAUGGGCCUGAUGGGGCACUCACCGUUUCAGUUUGCUGCUCCAUCAGGCAGAAAGUAACAGGGUCUGUGCAUCAGUCACACAAAGCACAUCUCACACUGCAUCCAUUCUCAAAGUGAGUGAGAAAUCUUGAUUUUUGCAAGGGUUUAGUCCCUGGUAGUCGACCACUGGGACAAUAGCGUAUGCCAGCUGUGAGCUUGUUUGGGUUGCGGCACAUCUGUGCAGUGCUUGUAGAAUUUCUUCAACAUCAAGGCAUUUCGACUGGUUCCCAGCUCAUUGAAGUGGUCAGCUCUUUGUUUUUGACAUUUUCUUUAAAGUCAAAUUGAUCAGCAUUAACUUUAGUUUGACAGAAACUUGUCCAGAAAAGAAUCAUUUUGUACAAACGUGUUUUUGUAUUGUGAUCCUCUGAGCUGCCACGGAGGGUCUAUAGAGUAUCUGCUUUUCCUUUUAGGUGUGUCAAAGGUAGGUGCUGAAGUUAAUUCUUGUAUAUAUGUUUCUGUUUUAGGUUCAGUAUCUUUGUGUUUGAAACUUUGUAAGCCACAAAAUAAAUUUGAAUUGAUUAAAAUUAGUGUUAAAAGUCUUUCUGUAAAGCUUUUUUUUUUUUCUUUAGAACAUUUUCUCUGAAAAUUCAUCUUGAUUUCUUUACAUGGAUGCUGAUUUAGGCCUUAUAGAGGCAACUCUUCAGGGGUUUUGUGUAGCCAUGCUAGCAAUUAAAGUCAUGCAUGAACUUUUCUUUCACGUUUGAGUUUGUUACAAAUCUGAGAUCCAUCGUAGAUCACCGUAUUUAAUCAGCAGUGAUGAUUUAAGUUUUCCUAGCAAAUAGUAUGUCCCUUUUUACAGUUUGUUUAAUAAAGCUCUUCAGUGUA